AUGGGUCCUCGAGCUCGGCGCGGAAAUAAUCCCAAGCAGAACGGGUUGUCCAUCGUAACGUCGAGACAGGACGAGACGGACGGCUCCGCGGACGGCUCCGCCAACGGCAAAAUGAAUAACAUGGGGCUGAGGCGGAAGAAUACUCCGCAGGAUUCCUCCGAUACUGUCACAGCGAACCUCAUGUCGCGCGAGUCCUUCUCUCUUGACGACCAUGUCCCGAAGACGCCGAUUUUAAAUAACCACGGCUUCUUGGAUCUGCCCAGGCAUGACCAAAGGAACUUCGGCAUCCUCGUCCUGCUCUACUUCCUUCAAGGUGUCCCGUUGGGCCUCGCGACAGGCUCGGUGCCGUUUCUCCUCAAGAACCACAUGUCAUACAGCGAGAUCGGCGUCUUCAGCCUGGCCUCUUACCCAUACUCCCUGAAGCUCUUUUGGAGUCCGAUCGUCGACGCAGUGUGGAACCCCAAAGUCGGCCGAAGAAAGAGUUGGAUCCUGCCUAUCCAGUUUCUCUCGGGCUUCGGUAUGCUAUGGCUGGGAUCGACGGUAGACGAAAUGAUGUCCUCGACGGGCAAGGCUGGCGGGCAGACGGUUUGGGGCUUCACCGGCUGGUGGUUCUUCCUAGUACUCAUGUGCGCGACGCAAGAUAUUGCCGUGGAUGGCUGGGCACUGACGCUCCUGACCCCGGGGAAUAUUUCUUACGCAUCUACGGCGCAAACGGUCGGCCUCACCGCGGGCCAUUUCCUUUCAUACACCGUCUUCCUCGCCUUCUACUCCAAGGACUUCGCAAACAAAUGGUUCCGAGCCAUACCCCUGGACCAUGGUUUGGUGAGCUUGGGCGGGUUCCUGACCUUCUGGGGCUGGGCGUACAUCGCCGUGACCGUUGCAUUGGCGCUGUUCAAGAAAGAGGAACGGAGCAAGAAUGAGGAUGGUAUCUGGGAUGUCUACAAGAUCAUGUGGGGCGUGUUGAAGUUGAAGAAUAUCCAGACCAUCAUCGUCGUUCAUCUCAUCGCGAAGAUUGGCUUCCAGGCGAACGAUGCUGUCACGAACUUGAAGUUGCUUGACAAGGGAUUUGGCACCGACAACAUGGCUCUCGCCGUCUUGAUCGAUUUCCCCUUUGAAAUAGGGCUGGGUUAUUACGCCGGGAAAUGGUCGCAGGAGUUCACGCCAAUGAAGCUCUGGUGCUGGGCGUUUAUGGGUCGUCUCGUUGCUGCCAUUCUCGCGCAGCUGACCGUCGUCAUUUUCCCUGCCCAAGGGGUGACGUCCUGGUACCUUUUGGUUGUCAUCGGGGAACACGUCUUCUCGACAUUUACGAACACAGUCAUGUUCGUCGCCGUGUCGGCCUUCCACGCCAGGAUCUCGGACCCUGUCAUUGGUGGUACCUACAUGACUCUUCUUGCGACGGUCUGCAACCUGGGCGGUACAUUCCCACGCUUCUUCGUCCUGCGCCUAGUCGACGCCUUCACCACGGCAACCUGCAACCCGGGCAAAACUGACCCCGCGGGGCUCUCGGGCCCUCUCGUGACGGCGCCUUUCUCUUGCGCCGUUCAGUCGGAAAAGGCGCGGUGUCUCGCCGGUGGCGGCACAUGCGAUAUAGUCCGCGAUGGAUACUACAUCGUCAACAUACUCUGCGUGAUAUUCGGGGUGGUGACAUUUGUAACAUAUAUCCAGCCGAAGGUACGGCACUUGCAGAGCUUACCCCUGAGGGCGUGGAGGCUCUCACCUGUAUCACGGGGGAGCCAAUGA